AUGGCCACAGCUAUCAGGUCGGUACUGAACAAGAUCAUGUCGUUGUGCGGAAUCGUAAAGGAGUACGCGAGUAUGUUGGACUACGACUUCAUGGCUUCGGUCAAGAGCUCGGACUAUGCCGUAGUCGACAUUCUCGACAUGAGCAGGCACACGGGCACGUCCAUGAACAAGGCCGACGGUGAGAAGAUGCUGAACGUACAGUCGUGCAUAGUCUCGGACAUCGGCGACAUGUCGGACAUCAUAGUUGCAGAGAUGAAGCGGGACGGGAGUUUGGUGUACAUUGACAUGUUUUGCGUGGCCGGAGUCGUGAUGUCGCGGUCGAGGUCGUACGCUGCCAGACGACGGGACAGCGAUGACUUCGUGCCAGAUGUCGAGGAAGCGGAGCCAGAAAAUAAUUUUGAUGAGUUGUCCAAGCACUCACCUAACAACGCGGACAUCGUUAAGAAGGAUAUGAUGAUUGCGAUUGGGGAUCUGAGCUUGAACACAGUGCUGUUCGAUAUUACGAACAUGUCCUUCGCGUCAAGGACGAGGGCGUACGAGAUGACGCAGUCACUCGCAAGCACGACCAGGAAGGUAAUCGUGACGUUUGGCUCGGGCAGGUUGCAAGAGCGGCGUCGGAUGUACCUCUUGGACUUAUCAUACAUCGCCAUUGACCCUGAGACUGCCUUUGAACGCACAACUAAGUCCCUGUCUUAGUGCAGGAUCGUCUCUUAUGACAUGAGCUGCUCCAUGUAUACGCAGACAUCCGUGAUCUUGAGCUCACCUAGGACCAUACUGUACUUUAGGAGCUUGUCCGAGAACUUCAUCGUGCGCAUAGGUGCGU